GUGGGAUUCCGCUGUAUAUCAUCACAGGAACAUCUUGACUACACACAACUCUACUCCUAGUCGUAUUUCAUUCGAAUCAUUCCCUACUCCCUACUAGUACACACAAGGUUGCAGAUGGCAGCAAAUCACAACGAAGCCUGGGAUGGGCGUUCAGUAAAUAGCACAAAUCAACAACUUGCAUUCGUCGCCACAAAACACGAUCCAGACGCGGAGCGGAAAGUUGUGCUCCUACCGGCCAAUGAUCCUCGAUCUCGAUUAUUUGUAGUCAAUACGCCGAAUCAAAAUUUCGCAGGGCUACAGAGUCCUCCCACUUCCCAACAAGGAGGAAUUCCUUGGAGGCAGACGGACUCGGAGAGCGUUCACACCUCCUUUGAAGAAGAUUGGAAUCCUCAGCCAGCUAUGCCCUCAACCAAGUUCCAUUUCACCGGCUGCACUUUUGCGGAGUCACAUAUAGUUAAUGGAGAUGUGGUGAAAGAUGUCUCGCAGCAACGCACGCUAUCCAACACACAAUAUCAAUUUGAAAAGUCUAAGUUUGAAAACAAGAGCCAGGCAGUGAAUGGGAAUAUGGAAGGGGAUGUUUAUCUGAAGGUUGUAGAUAUUUACAACAGCAACAACAACAACAGCAGCAGCAGCAGCAGCAACAGCAACAGUUAAACAACAUUAAGUGGUGGGGCUUUAAUCCCUCUUCUUGAAUGUCGCCAAGAAUUGUGGAAUGGGUUUAUUUAUUGCGGGUUCGGGAGAGAGAAGAUACUCGCGAGAGAGUAGCAGUAGAACAGGGACUGCUGCCUUUGACAUGUGUGGGCAGAAAGUAUUAGAUGAACUAGGCCAAUUAGACUCGCAGCUUGCAUAGAGGGUAUCUUUACUAAAUAGUUCACUGUCG